UUUCCUCUCUCAUCUGUUGCGAGGGAGAGGAGAUCGGCCGAGUGUUUGCGUUUGGCUUUCUCUCUCUCUCUCUCUCUCUCUCUCUCUCUCUCCUGUCUUCUUCUGAAAUCUCCCUGUCUCUCUUAUCUCUCCAGUAGAGAAGAGGAAAACAAGGGCGACAGGGGGGGAGAGAGAAGCGCCAUGGCUGCUCUGAGCGAGAAGGAAACAAUGGUGGAUCCAUUUCUGGUUGAGGCUCUUCAGAACCCUCGUCAUCGUCUCACCAUUUUGCGAAUGGAACUUGAGGUACAGAAAUUCUUACGAAACACCGAGCAGGAUCAGUUCGAGUUCCAGCAUUAUCCGACAUCUUACCUCCGGCUCGCAGCUCAUCGUGUUGCUCAGCAUUAUGGAUUGGUAACCAUGGCCAUGGAUGGUGGUUUAGAUGGCUCUGGGAACAGAAUUCUCGUGAGAAAAACUGCAGAAAUCCGAUACCCUUCUGUUUGUUUGUCCGAAAUUCCUGCUAAGCAGCCGGAAAACGAUAAACCUGAGGUUAUGAAAAUAGCGAUCAAGCCUAGACCGACCAGAGGAUGGGGUGAAGGUGCUGGAGCAGGAGGAGUGCAUCAGAAUGUUACGAGAAGUGUUGAGGAGAGAAAGGAGGAGUACGAUAAGGCUCGGGCUCGUAUAUUUAACAGCCCUACCGGUUCGGAUUCUGAUGAUUCCUCGUCACGAGAUGGGAAACAUAUGCCUCUGAAUGGAAGUGAGACCGGAGUGGCGAGGAAUCUUUCGGUUUGCACCGAGAAAAACCUUAGUAUCGGGGAAUCUGGAGGAAUAUCUCGGGUUGCCAUCAUUAGAGACAGAGAGAAGGAUCAGUUUGACCCUGACUAUGACCGGAGCUAUGGAAGGUACGUUAGGGUUAUGCCCUCAGGUCAAAAUUUCUCCGCGAUACCGAUUCAACUUCUGUUUCACGAUGGGUUAUUACCUCAGAUCCCAAUAACUCAAGCUAAUCUGAACUAUUCUCACCCCUUAAACCCGCCAAUGAGUCCCUUCUCCUCCACCCCGAUGGGGAACUCAGCUACUCAUAUACAGUGGCCGAACACCGCGAUGAUGUAUGCACAGUCGUACCAGCAGCACUUCGGACACGCUGCUUUUCGGGCGCCCUUCUGCCAGCAGCCACUGAGCUUCGAAUACCUGCAGAAGAACCGGUAAUGUCUAUCCAUUUACUUGUAUCCCAUCCAUUUAUCGAUAGCCAUCGUAGGAAUUUUCCGAACAUUAGCCCCGAUUUUGAGAGAUCUUAUAUUACAGACAUCACCUAAGUCUUCUUCUACUCAUCUGCAUGUUAUGUUCUGCAACUGUUUUCUGUAGAAACUCUGUUAUUAAUGUGUUGUUGUUGUUGUUGUUUGGGGCGGAUUAUUCGGGUUUCGGUUC